GUUUUUGCAAAAAUAAGUUUGGCCACACUGUAUCAAACCUAUUUUGACAAACGGCCUCGGAAGAAUGCUCUAUAAGAACUGCGACGCGAAACGGUCAAAUUGUAAUCUCGUUCUGAUUUGUCUCGAUGAUCGAAAGGGUUCAUGUUGUAGAGCUCGUCAAGAAGAUAAACCCUGUAGAAGAUCAUACUAAUCGAACACUGAUUGAUGCAUGAUCGGAGAUGAUUUGAGUGAAAUUUUUUCUGUGAAAAUAGAUUUGUCUGCACAGUAUCAAAUCCAAUUUGUUAAAGAAUAAAGGGUAAAUUCACUCAGACCGACGAAGGAACGACCCCGACGAAGAGGUCAGUCUUAAUCUGCCAUCGUUCAACACUAACUCAUAACCAAAUCUAUGGCAAUGUUGACCUUGCGCUAGACGACUUGUGGAAAUGGACUAUAGUGGUUCAAGUACUCUCGUGGCCAAUAUCUAUGCAUCUGCUGACAGAUGGGUGGCCAAUAUCUCUGCAUCUGCUGACAGAUGGGAAGAUGUAACAAAGGUGAAGGUGAAAAUGAAAGCAAUUGGAGUCAAGAAGGCGUCUGGGUGUAGUUCAAUUGAAGUUGAUGGUUGUGUUCAUGAGUUCCUAGUUGGCGAUGCGUCUCAUCGAAAAAUGAAGGAAGUCCAUGCCAUGCUGGAUGGCAUCACUAGACCGUUGUCAGGCUUAGAAGAUAUUGAAAUGGAAGCAGAUAACAAAGUUGCAGGAUAUUUUGGGAAGCCUGAAUGCCAGAGCAGAGUUAAAGCCACUGUCAUUAUCAUCGUCAUCCUCAGUGGAAGCUGCAGGGGCAUAGUCAUAGUCUCCGUCAUCAUCAUCACCAUCUCCUUCCAUGCCUAUUGACAGGGCAGGAUAGUAUCCUUCAUCACCAUUUGGAUUCUUCUUGCAACAUGUCAACGAGGACCAUGACACAAUAGCUUUGGAAAUGGGAGACAUUUUCUUUUCUAGGGAAAUUUUGGUGAAGAAAAGAAAAGUGGGACUUGUGGUGUUGUCCUAAGGUCUUUUUUGUUUGGACUGAGCAUGGCUUGGAGGUGAAACCAAUGCUUAUAUCAGCAGAAGGGAAGGUGUUAGGCUCAUGUUGGCACAAGCUAGCCACAUGGGAAGUGUGGAGUGUUACUUGAAGGGCAUGCGAGACACGACGCAAGCAACACGUGGAGCCAUAUCGUCCAGCCGCCUAGGAAAUUCGGGUGACAGUUCCGCAUACAUGUUGGUGCACCAAUAAGGUGAUACAAAUUUUAACAGUAACGAAGCAUCUUUCCUGCAUGGUCCGGUCAGAUAUAUCAGAGAAGAGUAGGAUUUUUGUGCAGCUGGAGCAUAAUCAUAAUCACCGUCGUCAUCGUCGUCAUCACCCUCCAAGGGUGCUGCAGGGGCAUAGUCGUAAUCUCCAUCGUCGUCGUCGUCGCCAUCUCCUUCCAUGCAUGCUGCCGGGGCAUAGUCAUAUCCGUCGUCGCCAUCGUCAUCCCCGUUUGGAUGCUUCUUGCACCAGAACACAAUGACCGUCGAAAUGAGAGGCAUUAUGUUUUCUCUGGAAAAUUUUGAGAAGGAAAAGAAAAGUGUUGGACUGGUGUUUUUUUCUCGAGGUCUUUGUGUUUUGCGAUUGAACGUGAAGACAGGAGCCAAUGCUUAAAUAAAGGUGAGAGAAGGUGUUGGGCUCAUUUUGGCACAAGUCAGACACGUGGGAAGUGUGGACUGAUGCUGAGAGGGUGUGCGAGACCCGACGCAGCCGACACGUGGCACUACCUCGUCUGGACAGGUAGGAAAUUCAGCUGACAAAUCAGCAUACACGUUGGUGCAACUGUUAAAAGCAUCUUUGUGCAUAAAAUCAGGAUAGUGUUAAGAUUUUUUUGCAGACUUGCGUGACAACGAAAACUCAAAAAAGGUGGCUUUUUCAGGACAGAGCA